UCCUCCUCCUUCUCCUUCUCCUCCUCGGAGCUCCGCUGGGAGAGAGGAACCAAGGAAGGCAAGGACUGGAGGGGAGGAGGGCUGCCCACAAGCAGCCGCCGCCGGGCUCCGAGGGCGGCUCAGGAUGCUGCGCUUCCUCCGGAGGACCUUCGGCCGGCGGUCGAUGCAGCGCUACGGACGAGGAGGAGGAGGCGGCGAAGGGGACGAGAGAGACGGGGCGCUGCCCGGGGCGACGACGGCAGCGGCAGCGGGAGCCUCGGCGGCGGUGCCUCACAUCCAGGCGGUGUCGGGCGGGAAAGGGGCGCUGCCUUGCCGGGUGCAGCUCCUGGACGGCACCGAAGUCACGGUGGAGCUUCCCAAACAUGCAAAAGGGCAAGAUCUGUUUGAUCAGAUUGUGUAUCAUUUGGACCUUGUGGAAACAGAUUACUUUGGCUUGCAGUUCAUUGAUGCAUUCCAAAUUAUGCACUGGUUGGACCUUUCAAAACUCCUUAAGAAGCAAAUAAAAAGUGAGCCACCAUAUAUGUUUAACUUUCGAAUCAAAUACUAUUCGUCAGAACCAAACAACCUCCAUGAGGAAUUCACAAGGUACCUGUUUGUAUUACAGCUGAGGCAAGACAUUCUUUCAGGAAAAUUAAAAUGCCCUUAUGAAACAGCUAUAGAACUAGCAGCUUUGUGCCUCCAAGCUGAGGAAGGUGACUGUGAACUUCCUGAACACAACCCGGAACUUGUGUCAGAAUUCAGAUUUGCUCGUAACCAAACUGAAGCAAUGGAAUUUGAAAUUUUUCAGAAGUGGAAAGAGUUCAGGGGGAAAAGCCCUGCCCAGGCAGAAAUGUGCUACUUGAACAAAGCGAAGUGGUUAGAAAUGUAUGGGGUAGAUAUGCAUGUGGUUAAGGGAAGAGAUGGUUGUGACUAUGCUCUCGGAUUGACGCCAACUGGUAUCUUAAUCUUUGAAGGAGCAAACAAAAUAGGCUUAUUUUUCUGGCCUAAGAUCACUAAAAUGGACUUCAAAAAGAGCAAGCUGACACUUGUGGUGGUAGAAGAUGAUGAACAGGGUAGAGAGCAGGAGCACACUUUUGUUUUCAGAUUAGAUAAUGCCAAAACAUGUAAGCACCUCUGGAAAUGUGCAGUAGAACAUCAUGCCUUCUUCCGGUUGCGCACGCCUGCUAACAGUAAAUCUAGCCGGCCAGAUUUUAUCAGACUGGGAUCCCGCUUCCGAUUCAGUGGCCGAACAGAGUACCAAGCAACACAUGGAUCCAGAUUACGCAGGACCAGUACGUUUGAAAGACGGCCUAGCAAGAGAUAUCCAUCCCGAAGGCAUUCAACUUUCAAAGCAAGCAAUGCUCUCAAACCAUCACAGCACUGUGCUAAAAAUAACCCAGAAGUCCAUAACUAUCAGCCUCCGUGUCAUCCAAAUAUACUUUCUGGCCAAUCACACUGGCAUCCCCAUCCUUCUGUGAAUGUAAGGCCACCCUAUCAUGAUGAUAGACUUUAUUGGAAACCAUCCCAAGGUGAAGAGGACAGCAAUUUACGAUAUAUACAGGAACAGAAUCAGAGGAACUUAGCUGGGAUCCACUAUCAAUUCUAUCAGGAUAAGCUCAUGACUACUCUUUGAGAAAACAUGAUCUUUAGCUUCAUGCAUCAUCUUGCAUCCUGAUUACAUCCCAUAAAAUGUCUGUGCACAUUGCAAAUAAUUGUUAAAGUGGUGUAACAAUCAUUAGAAUGCUUUUCAUAAAGGUAGAAUUCAGAGACAUAACUGUAGUAGUCUGGAAUAUCAGUAUACAAAGGGAUUGUGUAGCACUUCUUUCAUAACUUUUGCUUGGUUGAUCUCAAAGGUGCUGCAAUAUUCCUUUGUAUAAUUAUUAGAGAAUGAUAGGGAAACCAAAUUAUAGUUUCUGUAUUAUGGAAAGUCCUAGGAAGCAUGGUGCAUUUUACUGCCCCAAAUUCUGGAAUGUCACAGCUGGCAUACUUCUUUACAUUCCAAUUUUAUGUAGCCGUCUGCUGUUUAUGCCUUGCCAUUUGCAAAUGAUCCUUAAUUUGGUAUCUUCAUUUAUGAAUUAAAUUUAGCAAUGAUCGUGUCUUCCUCUUUUUUAAUUUAUUUGUUGCUUUGAGUGCUAUUCAGAUCAAGAGUCAGGAUAAUGAUAGUUACCAAACAUUUUAAUAGUGAAUAAUACAGGGAUCAAAUGCUUAAAAUAAAACAAACAAACAAACAAACAAAAUCUGUUGCCCCAGAUUGGCAGGGUGGAUUUUUGUGCCAAGUUAACAAGUAUGAGGAAGCUACUAGAGUUUUAUACUUUUUAUGUAAUGAAUCUGAUUUUUCAAAUGUUGAUUUCAGUUAAAUUUCCUGCUGUUGUGUAAUCUCCUAUAUCCUUGUGACGUUCAUUCAUUAGAUUGCUAAAGUGGUUUUGGAUAAUAGAGAUGCAGCAGAAAGAGAACCCACCUUAACCUGGUAAAACCUCUGAUGGUGAAACAUGUUCAGAUGCCAUUUCUCUCCUACAGUCCUGAAUUUCUUCAGUUAGUGAGUUUGGUCCAGGGAUACUCUGAUCCAAUGCUUCUACUAUGUGAUCAUUCUGCCUUCAGUGUGGAAUUUUACAUGGGAUCCAUUUGAUGUUGUCUUCCAUUCCCAUCCCCUGUGUGUUUUCUUCUCACUCCUUCCAUCCUUUAUCUUUCCAGUAAGUAGGAAAAGAAGAAAUACAUGCACUAUGUCUUUGAUUGGUAGUGCUGGGAAGCUUCAAAUCUGGAAGCACCCUGAGACUUGGACACACAUGCUGACUUGAAGCUAGACUUCUUGUAUGUAGCCAUUACACUCUUACACUGGGGUGAAUGGGACAGAGAGAGAUGGUGUGGCCAGCACCCUGUAUGGCUCAGCAGAAAUGUGCUACAGCUGCUCAUUGCCAUGCCUGAUGGAGAGUGGGUGCAAAUCAGAGAAGCUAUCUGGGUUUGUUCUUGUAUCCAGAUGUGAGAUCCACUGGGGUCCUCUGGAGGUCUCAGCACAUCUGGCUAUGGGGACAUUGCCAGAAGGUUAUACAGGUCCCCUCCCCACCAUAGUAUGGCCAUGGAUAGGGGAGCUGUAGUGUGGAGCUUUAAUUGUUGCAAAGGGAGGAAAGGAAUGUCAACUUCCACAAAAAGAAAAAGACAUACACAAGUGAAAGAUUGACUUACACCUGCAGAUGCCACUUAAGAAUUCUAGCCAGUGAGUGUGUGCCCCAUUUUCAGUCCUGACCUGUUCAUGUAUUGAAAUGCAAAGUUUUGAACAAACCCUGAUAGGGUGACUCUAAAAUGUUAAACUAAAGAUGCUCAUAAGUAUGUUCAGCUUCUGUGAAGUUGGAUAUAUUUCCUGUACAUUCAGAUUCCCUUCACAAGUAAGCUUUGGUUCUCUUGAUUAUAGAAAUAAUAGUGCCGCCUUUUGCACACAUCUUGAUUUGGCCUUAAAGCUGUGAUAUUUUUAAAAGCCUUUGGAAUAAGAAAUAUCUUUAUAUUUUGGGAAUAUUUUGAUGUGUUAGAGUUUUUUAAUAUGAUUUUACUGAAUUUGAAUUUAUAAAUAGAGUCAAGUCUACAUCAUUCUCAGAGAAAAUAUGGUAGUUUAAUUUUUUAUUUAAAGUAUGUUUACAUUGUUUUGAUUUUUUGUACAUGCUAAAUAAAUAUGAAUAUUUACAUGCAAUAAAAUAUGAAUAUUUUCCAUUGUC